AUGGACAGACCAUUCUUUUUAAACGGGAGGUUUGAGAUCGAACCUUACACAGCAGAUACAGCAGAUUGAUCCUUUUAUGAAAAGAAAGAGAGUUUAUAUGAAAAGAGUCAGCAUCUUGGGAAGAUGAAGAGGAACGCAUUUGAUAGUGCUGUCUGUCAUUUGCCUGGUAAAUUAGAAUCUGGGAAAGGGGUUAACCCAGCUUUGAAUAAUAAAUUUAAAAGUCGCCUUGGCAUUAAACCACUGAAGUUGAAUAAUAGCCGAUAUUCAAAUUUUCAAAAGCAAGUAUCGAAAAAGCAUAGAUAUGAAUACCAAAAAGCUGCAUUUAGAAUGCCUAGGAUUAAUCCGAAUCGAAACUCUAUCAAUUUGUCAGCUAAGGAAGCUAACCGAAUUCUACAGAGUAGCACGAAGGGAUUCUCUACAAGCCGAAACAGGAAUUAAAAAAUUAAAUAAGUCUUGUAAUGGGAUUCCUAGAAGUAGGGACACUCUUCAUCUCCAACAUCCAAACUUGAAUACUAUUUGCAAUUCAAAUGAUGCCUUAGAACUUGAUAGUGUUAAAGGCAGUUGUAAUCUCUCCGAUUGCCAAACCGAUCAAGGAUGCUCUCAUUCUAAACGGGGUGGAAAUGACAACCCAGCCAAACUCCGGAAGCAGAUCAAUAAGCUUAACCAAGUUAUUCAAAAGAAGGAUGGCCAGAUAAAUUAUUUAAAGAAAACUUCAAAAUUUCCAGAAGUCAACGAACUGAGACAAGAAAAUCAAACUCUGUAUGAGGAAUGAACUAGGCUCAGAACUCUCUGAACUCAAUAUAUGAAGAAGGAAAUUGAUAGUACUGAGUUAGAAGGCGAGGUUAAAAAGGCAGUGGCAGGUACUAUUGGAACCUCUACCCUUCAAGACAGAAUCAAGGGCAAAAUGAGUGCUAUUAAUGAUAUCUUAAAAUCUAACGAGCUACCACAGAAGCCCAUUGAAAUCAAGAUACCUACUGUUAAGUUCAUGGAUGACUUUGAUAAAGAUCAAAAAGAUGGUACAUUAAUUAUUUCCAAUGGAAAUCCAAAAUCAGGCGACAAAAGAACUGGCUAUAAUCCAGUUGGCAAGAAAACAUUAAAAACUAACAGAACAGUAAAUCUGGAAACAGACCACAUUAAUCUCAAUCUUGAUGCAUAUUCUGAGAAAAGUAUUCGGGUAGAUCUCUCAGAGUCCUCUAAAAGUAUCCAGUUUGGCUUUAAACCUAACGAGGACUGAGAAGACGAGAAAGGAAACCCUGAAGUUUCACAGAAUGAAAUCUCUAAUAUCUUAGGAGACCUCAGGUUUCUACUGCAGGUAUUUGGAGAAAAUGCGGCCAAAUUCUUGUUCCAAGAGAAGUAUCUAGUCUCCUCUGAGGAUGCUAUUCAAGCAUUUCAUCAGAGACUGAGGAUUUCACUUGAAGAAUCCACGAAACUGGCCUUCUACCUCGCUAAUUCGGUGCAGAAGGAGAACUGUGAUAGCACAAGUUCUGAGACCUUAAAUGCAAAUGAAUUACAGAGAAAGAUCGAAGAGAUAGUCGGGAGCUACCGUAUAUACGGUAAAGAGGAAGAGAGAAAUUUGAUCGAUGCCUUCUUCACAGUCGAAAACCGGAAGUACACUCCUAGGUUUUUGAAUGAGAUGGUCGAUCUUUCCUACAUUGAGAAAGUUUCUAUCAAAGACUUUGAGAAUACUCUCUCAAGGAUUCCUUUUAACCUAAAUAUGAAAUUUUUAUCCAUCAGACUUCUUAGGGAGAGCAACUCGUUGCAUUUGAUUUCAGGGGAAUGCAUUAAAAUCUUUGUAGACUUGAUCAAAUCGAAAAAGAUACCAAUUAAAACUCAGAUCAGGAGCUACGAUGAGUUUGAUGAAGAUAGUGCCUCCAUGUCGACCGAUUCAGCAAAGGGAAUCCCCAAUCUUAAUACUGAGGACAAGAACUUUUUUGAAAGAUUGGCAGACUUUCUGUUCAAGAAGGAAGUUACCCUGGACCAGGUUAUUCGAAAGAAGGUGUAUACCAAGAUGGUAAACGGUAGAGAGCAAGAGCUGAUCAAUCCAAGAACCUUCUUCCACCUCCUCGAAAAGAGAGGUUUCACCUGCUCUUUUAAUGAGAAGCCUGAGAUAUGCAGUUUAUUGAAGAACCCUCACUUCACAGAUGCUCUUGAGGUUGAAAAAAUUCUCCAAGCUUUGAAAGAACAGGGAGUUAAGAAGUGAAGAAUAUUAACUUUAAGCAUCAAUUAAAGCACUUAUUAGCGCUAGAUAUUAGACAGGUCAAUCAGAUUCUAGAGUGUAUGGCUCAUAGGGUACACUAUAUUCCGAAAGUAGAAAUGAGACAGAGCUAGUAAUCGCAGAUAUAAAUUCUAGAAGUUAAAUGGCUUCACAGAAAAUCUUUUACUUAAUUUUUGAGAUAUCAGAAAUCUAAAGCUGAUAAACCCAGAUUUAUAAAGCGAGGUUUUUAUAAUUAGUGGAGAAGGAACCCUCAGUGAUAAGAAGCUGGUUGAUGGGAUAAUGAUGUCUUGUACACAUUUUUGGAAGAAUUUGAAAGUUUCAAGAAGAAAACUGCAUGAGAAAUAGUUUAAAAUAAAAACACUAUAAGAAAAACAAGCUUAAAAACAUCAACUAAAAUAAACUUCAAAUACCUCAAAACUACGAAUCUCUUCGACAGCACAUUCCAGAAUUCCAAGAGCUACAAAACAACACCAAACUCUUCCUAAUUCCUCCCUCUCCAACUUCCAAAACUCCCUGAAAACCACCUCUCCAAAUCCACCCAAAACCUCUUAAAAUGACUCUCCCACUAUAAUCCCCCUCACAACCCCUGAAGAGGACCUGCCAUGAAAAGACUAGAGACUCUCUA